AUGUUUGGGAGUUUGGGGACAUCGGGGACACCCACAAGGGGACACAGGGGACAGCAGGGCCCAGGCGCGGCGUCCCCGCAGGUGCUGGGCACCCCGGGGAACAACCUGCACGAGGUGGAGACGGCGGAGGGGACGCGGUUCCUGGCCAGCAUGCCCCCGCGCUUCCGGCGCCACAUCUGGAUCAAGAGAGGCGAUUUCCUGCUGGUCGAUCCCAUCCUCGAGGGCUCCAAGGUCAAAGCCGAAAUUUCCCUGGUGCUGCUCCCGCCCCACGUGCGCUCGCUGCAGCGCCAGGGGCUCUGGUAGGACCCCAAAAACACCCAAAAUACCCU